AUGCAUUUUAGAUUCAUAAAGAACGCUGUUGGUUUAAUUUUAUAUACUAGUUUGUACAGCUCUUUUUCAACCUCUCUGUUUUGCUCUGCGGCAAAGACUUACUACGGAGAUAUCAAAGAAUCCAAUAGUUCAUAUAACCAAAAUAAGUACAAAAAUAACCAAGAUAUGUUUAAUUUGGGAACAUUCAACGACAACAAGUUUCUCUCCGGUGAACUAACACUUGUUAAAUCACAACUAAACUCAGAUGUCACAUAUAAACUGCUAGUGGGAAGUCAGAUCACAACAGGAUCUUGCUGGUUUGUAGCAGAUAUUUACGCAGGAAGUGAAUAUAAAUUCACAAAUAAUAACUAUAACGAUUUAAAAAUGAUGUUAACUACGGAUUAUAAAACACAUCUUGUAAAAAAUGGAUUAGUAAAACAUAAUUUUAAAGUUGACCCCUUUAAAGAAUCAGAGGAUAUAGUACCUCCAAUGGAAGGAAUGGUUGGAUACCCAGAAAGAAUGUACACAUUUCUUACAGUAUCAAAAGAUAUUAAACCAGGAGAUUAUGUAGUACUCUUCGCAUACGGAAGAUCUUUCUCAGACGAUCUUCCAUCAAGAUUUAAGGAGUUCAGAGUAAAAGUUCUUUAA